ACACAGUUUGUGCAAUGUCCAGAGGGAGAACUGCAGAAACGGAAGGAGGUUGUUCACACAGUCUCUCUCCAUGAAAUUGAUGUCAUCAACAGCCGCACUCAGGGAUUCCUGGCCUUAUUUUCAGGUGACACAGGAGAGAUAAAGUCAGAGGUUCGAGAACAGAUCAAUGCUAAAGUGUCUGAGUGGAGAGAGGAAGGCAAAGCUGAGAUCAUUCCUGGGGUUCUCUUCAUAGAUGAGGUCCACAUGUUGGACAUAGAAUGCUUUUCAUUCCUGAAUCGAGCUCUUGAGAGUGAUCUAUCACCUGUACUUAUCAUGGCCACUAACCGAGGCAUCACCCGUAUUAGAGGCACCAAUUAUCAGAGUCCUCAUGGUAUUCCCAUAGACAUGCUUGACCGUCUGCUGAUCAUUGCAACCACUCCUUACACUGAGAAAGAGACCAGACAGAUCCUGAAGAUUCGCUGUGAGGAGGAAGACGUCGAGCUCAGUGAGGAGGCACACACAGUUUUAACUCGUAUCGGACAGGAGACUUCACUCCGUUAUGCCAUCCAGCUCAUCAGUACUGCAGGCCUGGUGUGCCGCAAACGCCGGGGCACUGAAGUCCAAGUGGAGGACAUUAAGAGGGUCUACUCUCUCUUCCUGGAUGAGGCCAGAUCCUCACAGUACAUGAAAGAGUACCAGGACUCCUUCCUCUUCAAUGAAACAC